CACACACUCUUUGCACACACACACACACACGCGCAUUGAGGGUGACUUGUAUAUGCAGCCAACAGAGAGAGAGAGAGAGAAGCGCUCCGAGAGACAGAAAGGUGCACAGAAAGGAGAGUGGACGGCAGAAGCAGAAAGAGCGCAGCAGCAGCAGCAAGACGGAGCAUCUCUUGUGCAUCACUGCAGCUUCACGGAUCUUAAAACAUCUCCAACUCCUCACAGAGGCUCGUAAACAUUUUUGAAAAAAACAUAUUUUUAAGUUUUGGACCUGAAUAACGCGAUUUCUGGAAGAGUUUCUCCUUUAAAAGCAACUUUUUUCCAUCCAUUCCAGAAGUUUUUAUAAAAGUUGAAACUUUUAUUGACUCUAGGUUCGGCUUUACUUUUUUUCCCCCACGUGUCCUGGCCAUUUUGCAAUUAUUUCCCUUCAGAUUUCUAGACAUUUUAUUCUUUAUAACUCUUAUUUUUGAAUUCAAUAACUCCCAUAAAAGACUAAAAAUGAACUUUCAAACACCAGGAGCGUCCCCAGUCAGGUGUGAUUCUAGUCUCAGAAGUUUAAAUCAUUAAAUCAAACUAACUUUUGGUGGUUUAAUUUGAUUUUCCUGAAAGUUUGAGAUAAAAGCGUCACCUGUUGCAUCUCAUCACCUCUACUUUAGGCGAAUUGCGCUCUGGAGACGCUAAAACGCCUCUUAAAGAUUAUUCUCAGAACAUAAUCCAUAUCAUAUCUUUACAGUUCAUUCAUUCUCAGAGCAAAAUCCUACCGCUUUUAACUUCCAGGAGAGUUUGGUGUGCGUAAAAAGGCGCUGCGUUGUUUUUACGCACAAAAAAAAUCACCACCCAAAUCCACAAUUUGUGUCCCAGACUUUUUAAAGCUCUCUUUAAUCCUCCCGCCCGUCAUCCUCGUCAUGCUGUUCGACAGCUUCGACCUGAUCUCGGCUCUGGCCACACUGGCCGCCUGCCUGGUGUCCAUGGCGCUGCUGGUCGCCGUCUCCCAGCAGCUCUGGCAGCUCCGGUGGACGGCCACCCGGGACAAGAACUGCAAGCUGCCAAUGCCCAAGGGCUCCAUGGGCUUCCCCUUCAUCGGUGAGACCUGCCACUGGUUGGUACAGGGUUCGGGCUUUCAUGCAUCGCGUAGACAGAAGUACGGAAAUGUGUUCAAGACCCACCUUCUCGGCCGUCCCCUGAUCCGAGUGACGGGAGCCGAGAACGUCCGUAAGGUCCUGAUGGGGGAGCACACGCUGGUGACGGUUGACUGGCCCCAGAGCACGUCCACACUGCUGGGGCCCAACUCUCUGGCCAACAGCAUCGGAGACAUCCAUCGCAAGAAGAGGAAGGUGUUUGCUAAAGUGUUCAGCCAUGAAGCCUUGGAGUCCUACCUCCCAAAAAUCCAGCAGGUCAUCCAAGAGAGCCUCAGAGUAUGGAGCUCCAACCCUGAACCCAUCAAUGUCUACAGGGAGAGCCAAAGGCUAUCAUUCACCAUGGCGGUAAGGGUGCUGCUGGGCUUCAGAGUGGGGGAGGACGAAAUGAGACACCUGUUUUCAACCUUUCAAGACUUUGUAAACAACCUCUUCAGCCUGCCUAUUGAUCUACCGUUCAGUGGCUACAGGAAGGGUAUUCGUGCACGAGACACCCUUCAAAAAAGCAUAGAAAAAGCCAUCAGAGAAAAGCCUUUGCGCUCCCAGGGGAAGGAUUAUAGUGAUGCUUUAGAUGUCCUGAUGGAGAGUGCCAAAGAGAACGGCUCUGAGCUUAGCAUGCAGGAGCUCAAGGAAUCAACCAUCGAGCUGAUCUUCGCUGCCUUCGCCACUACUGCCAGCGCAAGCACCUCCCUUAUCAUGGCGCUCCUCCGCCACCCUCAGGUUCUGGAGCGCCUCAGGGAGGAGCUGAGAGGCAGGGGACUCCUCAACAAUGGCUGCCUCUGUCCUGAAAGAGAGCUGAGGCUUGAUACGAUCGUCAGCCUGAAGUACCUGGACUGUGUCAUCAAGGAGGUGCUAAGACUGUACACGCCAGUCUCUGGUGCUUACCGAACAGCCAUGCAGACCUUUGAACUAGAUGGCGUCCAGAUUCCCAAGGGCUGGAGUGUUAUGUACAGCAUUCGUGACACUCAUGACACAGCGGCUGUCUUUAAAGACGUGGAGGCCUUCGAUCCUGACCGCUUCAGUCAGGAGAGGAGCGAAGACAAAGAGGGCCGCUUCCACUAUCUGCCGUUUGGUGGUGGCGUUCGAUCCUGUCUGGGAAAGCAGCUUGCCACACUUUUCCUUCGCAUUCUAGCCAUCGAACUGGCCAGCACAAGCCGCUUUGAGCUAGCCACUCGCCACUUCCCACGUGUUGUCACGGUUCCUGUGGUUCACCCUGUCGAUGGGCUAAAGGUUAAGUUCUACGGCCUGGACUCCAACCAGAACGAGAUUUUGGAAAAGUCAGAAGAACUGCUUGGCACAACUGUUUAAUAAGGGCAUGUGCUUAUGAGGGGGGAGUGGAGAGGUUUGGUGAUGUAAAUCAUUAGAAAGAGGACAGAUGAAAGGAAAAACUAAUAUUUUGGAAUAAUCAUUCCUUUUUCACCUUUGUUCUGCCAAGUUGGAGCAUAAUUUCAGACUCUUCAUGUCUUCUAACAACUGAUGAUCAGGACUUUUCUUUAUGAGAGGAGAAAACUGCCAAAAAGUUAAAAAAUGUGCUCUGUUCUGUGUGUUUUCUGAAGAAUUAUACUUACAGUAAAUGUACAAAAAGCUAUCUAAUAUAAUUUGAAACAGUGUAGUGCACAACAGACUUUUGGUGAGAUGAAGUGUUGAGAUGAGAAAAGUAAUAGUGUGGAAGAGGUGUGAGAUAAAACAGGGUAUAGAGAGAAGGAAUAUAAUUUCAAAACCAUUUUGCCUGUGCUUACAUUCAACAAAUAAUUUUAGGUACAAGAGAUUUUAUGGAAAAAAACAUUUUUCAUUACAUUUUAAGCAUAUCCGGUCAUUUGAAUCAGAAGCUGGCCUUGCACCUUUGAGCUAAAACAUGUAAUAUUCUUUCUGAUACAGGGAUGAAGAGAAAAGAUAAGAAAAAGAAAGAUCAACAGCAAAACCGCUUUGAUUUACUGGAAUUUUUCAGUCCAUGGUAUCUUUGGAAAAAAACCUUUGGUGCUCGUACCAUUAUAGGCAGAAAGCAGACAUUUAUCAUUAAGUUCACAUUACAUAACUGGCAACACAUUCUGCAAAAACAGUUUAAAGAGUGCAUCAAGAAAAAAAAAACUGUUACAUCUUUGUUCGUUAUAGUCCUUUUUGGUUCACCAGUUGUAAAAAAAAAAAAAAUAUGUGCAUCCGAUCUAUGUUUAGGUUUAUGAACCAAGGUUAAACCAUCUUCAUUAGGUUUAGGAUCUAAAUCUGCUUAGUCUGGGACCUGAAUGUUUGUAAAUGGUCAUAUUAAUAAACAAAGCCUACUUAGUUUGGUUUAAGAAUCAAUUAUCUUUAGUUAGGCAACCCAGUUUCUAAUGCCUGAUUGGGUUUAAGAACCAAAUGUAUAUGUCUGAAUCGGAAACAAACAAUCUGAUUCAACCCCAAAAUUGGGGUGGAAAAUUGGUUGACUUACAUAACAGCUGGAUGACAGAUCACACUUAACAAUGUAGUUUAGGGAUCAUGUUUUCAAACAAUGAAUAAUAUAUUUGGUAAUAUAUAAAACCCAUUCACAUAUAUACCUCUGUUUCUCUUUUAAGACAAAGUAAAGCAAUUACAAAAAGAAAAGAAAAAAAUUAAU